AUGAAAAGAGCUCUUGAGGAAGUAAAGAACCAUCACUUAUCAAUGUAUGCUGCGUCCAAAAAAUAUCAAAUCCCAACUACGACUUUAUUUGAAAGACUGAAAGGAAUCAGUACGAAAAGCGUAGGCAGACCACAAGCAAUUCCAAUCGAAGACGAAAAAAGAUUAGCCGAGGCAAUCCGAGUCAUGGAAAAAUGGGGUUUUGGUUUGUCAAGGCGAGAAAUUUUAGAAAUGGUUGAGGAUUAUGUCAAGAAAAAUAAUCUAAAUACCGUAUUCAAAAACAACAAGCCAGGGACUGACUGGUUUAUAAAUUUUCGUAAACGUAAUAGAUUAUCCAUCAAGAAGCCGCAACCUGUAGAACAUGUGCGGAAGCAAAUGACGGACCCGUUUAUAAUUUUUGACUAUUUUGAUCUGUUGCAAGACACUUUGACUGAACUGGAUCUAUUUGAAAAACCACAUUUAAUAUGGAAUUUAGACGAAACAUCGCUAUGUAUGGACCCUACUAAAACUAAAGCUAUAAAUAAACCCUGUUCUAGAACCACGUGUGGAAGUGGCAAAGAAAAUGUGACAGUUUUAGCUACUGCAAGCGCUGCCGGCAAUAAAUUGGACCCUUUAAUAAUAUAUAAAGGCAAAAAUUUAUGGGAUCAGUGGAUUACCGACUCACAAAACUAUGACUUCGACAUCGCAUAUGCAGCUAGUGCAAAGGGUUGGAUGGAGACAGAAAUCUUUUAUAAUUACUUUGAAAAAGUUCUGAUUCCAGCUCUGGUACCCGUAGAUAAAUUCGAGUCAGAAGCCUACAAGAGAUACCUGAAAAAAAAGGAUGAACAUUCUCAAAGCCAGCUAGAGUCCAAAAAUCCAAAAUCAUUAAAAGAACUGUGCGUCCGUGUUUUGAAUGAAGAGUUUUACUUUAGUGAGGCUCCUAACCGUGCUGGAAAAGUAGUAAGUACUCUAAGCCAAAAUGACUUCAGUUCUGAAUAUGUGACUUUCUUGAGUCAACUGUCAAAGAAAGACGACGCUUGUCAGCCUUUUGUAGCAAACAAUACAUCAGAUUCACCAAAAUGCUUACAGUUCCAAAAAAGCUGUCACCUUAAGCCCAAAGAAAAUGAAAAACCUAAGAUAAAUAUUAUAUCCAAUCUAAAAGUUAAUUUCGAAGAUCUUUUGCUAGAAAAGGUACGACAGGAAAAAAGAAAUAAGGUGCCGGUAAAAAAGAAGAGGGUAGCUAAAGGGAAACGUCCUAAAGAAGUUAAACAACCCUCACAAACAGGCACAUCAGGUACAAAAAAAGUGAACAAAAGGAGACAGAGCAAAAAGUCAAAACGACAAGAAAAUUUAGAUAAAUCAACUAGCCAUUCAGAGACAAUUAGCAUCUACAGUGACACAGAUAUUAACGAGUCUUCAUUCUUAGACGAUUUACUAAACGAAGAAGAGUUUAAAUUUUUAGAAGAAAAUAUCGGCGAUGGAACAUAUGAUGAAUGUGCCAAAAUACUUAAUGAAGUAAACGUUUCUAAAAAAGGGAAGGGUAAAGGAAAAAAGAGUAAGGGAAAAGAAAAUACGGAAGACAAAAAUGAAGUGAAUAAAGACGUUGAUAAGAAUGACAAAAAGACGGUUAAAAAUGGGACUGACAUAAAAUCUGCGAACACUACUGAAGACGAAGAAGAAAAAGAUAUCCAGGACCAGAAAGAUGGUUACGAACUGAACGAUUCAGUACUCGUAAGGUACUACUGCAGAAAAAAAUGGAAUUACUUUGUAGGCUUUAUUGAGAAAGUCAUAAACAAGGAUGAGGAAACUUACUAUACAGUAAAUUUCCUGAAAACAAUAAGAAGACCGCAACUUACAUUUGUAAUAUCAAAAAAGAAGGAUUAUGAUGAAGUAACAAAGCAACUAAUUGUAAAGAAGGUUAAAUUAGAAAAAAAUAAUGAAAGCUACAAAGAAUACAUAUUGUCUGAAGAAAACGACAAAAUUUAUUUUUGA